AUGGCGAAUGAUGAGAUAGAGCUAACAGUAACUAAUCCAUCUCACGGACACUCUCUCCAGCACAAUGUAGCUAAAUAUUCUCCAGAGUGUCUCAUCUGUAAAGAGAGUGGUAAGCCUGAAUUCUAUAAAUGUCACCUUUGUGACUUCAAUCUAUGUCCGGCCUGUGCGAGGAAGCCACUUAUCGUAGAACCCAAAAGGUCGCAUGAGCAUCCACUCACGCUCAUGCCGAAGUCUUCUUUUAUUUUCACUUGUAUUGCUUGUGGGGUGGGUGAUCUCCGCUCACCUCUUUGUUUAUGUAUCCCAUGCUGUUUCACAAUUCAUAGGGAAUGCGUUGACUUGCCACGUGUCAUAUGCAUCAAUCUCCACGACGAGCACCGCAUUUCAUUUGUUCUACCUUUAGGCGUUGGAGCGUGGAAAUGUGGGGUUUGUCGCAAGAAAGUUGAUGGAGAGUAUGGUGCAUUUUCAUGCUCCACUUGCCCUAACUAUGCUGUUCAUUCGAGAUGCGCGAUCAAGUGGGAAGUGUGGGAUCAGAUAGAACUAGAAGGAGUGCCGGAAGAAGAUCCUCAAGAAAUUGCACCAUUCACGGUGCUUGGAGAUGAUGUCAUAAAACAUUUCAGUCAUGAACACAACCUUAAGCACAUCAUACAAGAUGCAGCUGAGGCCGCUCAUUACGAAAGCAAGCAAUGCAAUGCAUGCAUCCUGCCCGUCUAUUCGGAUCCAUGCUAUAUAUGUACAAACAAUGAAUGCGACUUCAUUCUUCAUAAAGUCUGCGCUAACCUUCCAAAAAUGAAAAGACAUCCGGCUGACCCUGAAAGAUUCAGUCUAUUUACUGAGGAUGUGGGCGGUAUAAGCUGCAGUUGUUGUAAGCAAAUUGGAAGCGGCUUCGCCUACAUAGCUCUUGGCUGUGUGAUUGAUAUUCGAUGCGCUCUUAUACGCAAUGGACUCAUCCACAAAAGCCACCCUCAUUCACCACUCUUCUUUUUAUUCAGGGCAGGCCGCUCAGCCAUUUGCUCAAAUUGUAAUCAAAAUAACUUCUAUAUGAUGAGUUGUGAUGAAUGCGACAACUUUUGUUUGUGCUUCAGAUGCGCUACUCUACCAAGUGUGGUGAAAAACAAGUACGACCAACAUCCCCUUUACUUAAGCUACGGUGAGAAUACGAAUGGAGAAUACUGGUGUGAGAUAUGCGAGGAGAGAACAGAUCCAAACAAGUGGUUCUAUACUUGUGACGAGUGUUCUUCCACGCUUCAUAUCACUUGUGUAUUGGGUAGGAAACCUUAUUUUAGGAAGGGAUUCAUCCAUAAAUCUGAAGACUCCGAAAUCCAAAUUCUCCCCAACGAUUACAUGACAAGGCCACAUUGUCGACGUUGUUCCUCUCGUUGCGAAGGUCCCUUGGUCAUGAAAACAUUGACACUUAAAGAUUGGUUCCGUUGUUUCAAUUGCACUGUUUAA